AAUUCAACUAACCAUAUGGCGACUCUCAGUCACGUGGGACUGACCGUUGUCACGGUAACCGUAAACUACCAGAGAGCGCACAGUCAGUCUGCAGUGUAAAAGUUGAGACGAAAGAGAAUGAUGUCGGACGUAGGGUCGGAUGAGUUUGAUGAUGAGCGCAGUAAAGUCGGGGAAUAUGAAGGAGACAGAAAUGAAGCAGGAGAGAGACAAGGAGUCGGGAAAGCUGUCCUGCCCAACGGAGACGUUUAUCAGGGACAGUACGAGCACGGCACGAGGCACGGACAGGGGACAUAUCGCUUCAAGAAUGGGGCGAGAUAUGUGGGAGACUAUCACAACAACAUGAAACAUGGACAGGGCACCUUCUACUAUCCAGAUGGCUCUAAAUAUGAAGGGUCGUGGGUGGAGGACCUGAGACAGGGCCACGGGGUCUACACCUACCCCAACGGAGACAUGUAUGACGGAGAUUGGCUGCAUCACAUCAGGCACGGCCAGGGCAUUUACCAUUACCAGAACACAGGCUCCCAGUACCGGGGCUCCUGGCUGAACGGCAAGAUGGAGGCAGCUGGAGAGUACAUCCACUCUAACGCUAGAUACAAAGGCAACUUUGUCAACAAUAAUCCAUGCGGCCCAGGGAAGUAUGUGUUCGACAUCGGCUGUGAGCAGCAUGGAGAAUACCAGCAGGCAGAGCAGCCAGCAACGGACGAGGAGAGCGGUAAACAUUUAGAGAGACAGAAGUGGCCCUACCUGGGCUCCAGAGAGGGGGGAGCAGAGGAGGAGCGAGCUGAGGGCGAGUGGGGCGAGUUGGCCUCCACCGUUGUCCUCAAGUGGAUUCCCAAGUGUGUCACCGGCCUGACGCUGUGGACUCCAGGCAAAGACACUUCAGUUGGGGAAAAGGAAGCGGCUGUAGCAGAGAACUGAGCUGUGUGACCAAUCCACAAUCCUGCGUCUCUCAACCUGUUUACAGAGCAAAAUAACAUGUGUUCCUCAAUAUGAAAAUAAAUCUGAUUCUUCACUGUU